CUAAAUGUUGGUUACUCGUUAAUAAGAAAUAUUUAAAAAUUCGCCGGCGGACGAAACGAGGAGGAGGUCGCCGAGAUUAGUGUCGACGACGGUGGCGGAGAAGGUGGUGGAGGGGAAUGGUGAAAGUGUAAUUUUGAAGAAAUCAAAGGGUAAAACUUCGUGCAUUACUACUAAAGCAGUUGUUUUUCCUACUACUACUACUGCAUUGGAAGGAGAAAAUUCAACGGCGGAAAAUACAAGGAGGUCACUGAGAUUGGUGUACAAGGGUAAAAGUGUAAUUUUGAAGAAAUCAAAGGGUAUAAAAGAGAGAGUGACGAGCAUUUCUACUGAAGCGCUUGUUCUUCUUCCAUCUGCAUUGGACGGAACGAGGAGGAGGUCGCCGAGACUGACGGAGAAGGUGGUGGAGGUAGUUGAGGGGAAGGGUAAAAGUGUAAUUUUGAAGAGAUCAAAGGGUAUAAAACAAGUGGAAUUAUCAAGUUCGUGCAUUUCUGCUAAAGCACUCGUUCUACUUCCUCCUGCUGCAUUUGACGGAAAAGUUUCUCCGGUGGAAAGUACAAGGAAGAGAUCGCCGAGAGUGACGGCCAAGGCGACGGAGAAGGUGGUGGAAGGGCUAAACUGUAAAUUUGACGAAAUCGAGGAAAAGGCAAUUGACGGAAAAUCAGAAAAAUGGAUGACGAAGUUCGAAAGUCUCCGAAGUUUGACUUCGAUUCCGGUUCUAAUGGAGCUAAACUAGAGCAAAUUAAACUGCAGGAGGAGAGCGCGUGUGGUGAACUCGCCGACGGCGGUGAGAUAACCGGUAUGAAGAUGGAGUUUCUGGAUCUAACGCCGAACUGCGGCGCGCUGAAGCAAUGCGAAACCAUGGGAAAUGACUCCGAUAAAAAUGUAGCUAAAUUGGAGCUAGUGGCAUUGCCGGAGAAAAGUGCGUGUACUGAACGCACCGACGGCGGUGAGAUAACGGGUAUGAGUAGUGGAUUGCUGGAUUCGACGCCGAACAGCGGCGCGUUGAAGAAAUGUGAUACCAUGAGAAGUGAUUCCGAUUCAAAUGGAGCUAAAUUGGAGGUAGUAUCAUUGCCGGAGGAGAGCGCCUGUACUGAACGCGCCGACGGCGGCGAGGGUACAGGUACGAAUAGUGAAUUGCUGAAUUUGAAUCCGAACAUCUGUGCGUUGAAGAAAUGUGAUACCAUGGGGAGUGAUUCCUAUUCAAAUGGAGCUAAAUUGGAGCUAGCGGCAUUGCAGGAGGAGAGCGUGUGCGGUACACGCGCCGAAGACGGUGAGAUAACGGUUACCAAUAGCGAACUGCUGGAUUUGACGCCGAAUAGCGGCGCGUUGAAGAAAUGUGAUGCCUUGGGCAGUCACUCCCACUCAAAUGGAGCUAAACUGGAGCUAGCGGCAUUGCCGAGGGAGAGCGCGUGUACUGAACGCGCUGAUGAUGGUGAGAGGGCGCGUACGAAUAGUGAAUUGCUGGAUUUGACGCCAAACAGAUGCGCGUUGAAGAAAUGCGAUACCAAGGGAACUGAUUCCGAUACAAAUGGAGCUAAACUAGAGCCAAUGGCAUUGCAGGAGGAAAGCGGGUCGGGUACACGGGCCACCAGUGGUAAGAAAUAUGGUACGAAGAGGGAGUUGCUGGCUUUGUUGACGCCAGAGACCAGCGCGUGUAAGAGACGCGCUACCAGAGGAAGUGGUUCAGUAUAUGUAGGGAUCUUGGGAACAUUGGAGAAAAUAUCAAGUGAGAGUAAUUCAGUGGGAGGGAAGAGUUUAAGAUCAAGAAAAAUAGAAGGGGCGGCGGCUGGAUCAGAAAUGAAGAGGAAAGAUGGAUCAGAUUCAGCAACAAAAAGUGUGAAGAAGCAGAAGAGUAGUGUGUGUUUUGUUGGUGAGCCAAUACCUGCAGAGGAAGCUCAACAAAGGUGGCAAUGGCGUUACGAUUUGAAGAGUCGAAAAACGCAGCGUCAAGGCUGGAAAUUAAAUUCUGGUGAAGAAGAUGAAAUCAUAUUAAAUGUGGAAUGUCAUUAUUCUCAAGCUAAGGUUGCUGGUUUCAUUUUCAAUAUUGGAGAUUGUGCUUAUGUAAAAGGUGAAGGCAAGAAAAAACAUAUUGGCAGGAUCUUGGAGUUUUUCAAGACAAUGGAGGGGGAAGAUUAUUUUAGGGUACAAUGGUUCUUCAGAGCUGAAGAUACGGUUUUGAAAGAUGCUGCUUCUUACCAUGACCCAAAGCGCAUAUUCUAUUCUACCUUAGAGAAUGAUAAUUUACUAGACUGCGUAGUUUCCAAAGUCAAUGUGGUAGAGUUACCAACCAGGCUUGAUUUGAAUAAAGAGGACAUUCCACCUGCUCACAUUUAUUAUGAUAUGGAAUACUGUGUUGAUUAUUCCACAUUCCGUACAUUGCAUAAUGUCAAGAGCUCAAUUUCCCCUUCGCUAGUUGAUGAGUCAUAUAAGCCUAUAACUACAUAUCCUGUGGAGGUAUCGCCAAGUUGUGAACCUAUGAAAGUGGAGUUGUCAUUAUUGGAUUUAUAUGCUGGUUGUGGUGGCAUGUCAAUGGGAUUGUGCCUUGGUACCAAACUCUCUGGUGUUAAGCUUGCGACGAAAUGGGCAGUUGAUUUUAAUAAGUCUGCGUGUGAUAGCCUGAAACUGAAUCAUCCUCAGACACAUGUUAGGAAUGAAGGUGUUGAGGAUUUUCUGGAGCUACUGAAAAGAUGGGAGGAUCUAAUUCAGUUGUACGGCUGUAGUGAUUUCAAAACAAGCUCAAACGGUGAGGUAGACGACCGAGAAGAAGGUGAAAAUAAUGAUGAUUCCGAGGCUGAUUCUAAUGCAUCUUCUGGAGAAUAUGAGGUAUUAAAAUUAGUUGACAUAUGUUACGGGGAUCCCAACGACGAAGGAAAAUCUGGACUUCAUUUUCAGGUGAGGUGGAAAGGUUAUGGACCAAGUGAAGAUACUUGGGAGCCAAUUGAUAACUUAGAAAAUUGCGGAGACAGCAUAAAAGAUUUUGUUAGAAGGGGGCAACAACUGAAAAUUCUGCCUCUACCAGGUGAUGUUGAUAUGAUAUGUGGGGGUCCUCCUUGCCAGGGCAUCAGUGGAUAUAAUCGCCACAGAAAUGUUACUGACCCAUUGUCUGAUGAGAAAAAUCGUCAAAUUAUUAUCUUUAUGGAUGUUGUGGAAUUCCUACGGCCUAAAUAUGUUCUGAUGGAAAACGUAUCUGACAUACUGAGGUUCGAUAAAGCAUCUCUUGGGAGAUAUGCUUUAAGUCGUUUGGUACAUAUGAGAUACCAAGCAAGACUCGGAACUAUGGCAGCUGGUUGUUAUGGUCUCCCACAAUUUCGGUUGCGAGUUUUCUUUUGGGGUGCACUUCCGAGUGAGAGGUUGCCUCCAUUUCCACUUCCUUCACAUGACGUGAUUGUAAAAUAUUGGCCCUCACCUGAAUUUGAGCGGAAUACUGUUGCUUAUGAUGAAGGACAACCACGUGACCUUGAGGAAGCUCUUGUUCUUCGUGAUGCUAUAUCUGAUCUGCCAGCUGUGACAUGGCAUGAAACUCGUGAAGAAAUGCCAUAUGAGAUGCCCCCACAAACAGCGUUUCAGAAAUACAUAAGAUCAUCUAAACAUGAGAUAAUGAGCUGUUCAUCAACUGGAGUUAACGAAACAAAAGAACCUCUUCUAUCUGAUCAUCGGCCUUGCCAACUAGGCGAGGACGAUUACUUGCGAGUUUGUCUAGUCCCACAUAGAAAGGGAGCAAAUUUCAGGGACCUCCCUGGUGUAAUUGUAGGUGCAGAUAAUGUGGCUCGUCGUGAUACUGAAGAUCCAAAGGUCCUACCAAACGGAAAGCCCAUGGUUCCUGAUUGUGCGUUCAACUUUGAGCAUGGAAAGUCUAAGAGGCCGUUUGCGAGAUUAUGGUGGGAUGAAACAGUAGCAACAUUAGUGACGUUUCCUAAUCAUCGUGCCCAGGCUAUCUUACACCCAGAGCAAGAUCGAGUUCUGACCAUACGAGAGUAUGCAAGACUGCAAGGUUUUCCAGAUUUCUAUAAGUUCACUGGUACUCUCAAGGAAAGAUAUUGCCAAGUUGGGAAUGCUGUAGCAGUUCCUGUAGGGCGAGCGCUCGGGUACGCGCUUGGACUUGCCUACCAGAGGCUAGCUGGAACUGAGCCUCUUAUUAAAUUGCCACCAAAUUUCUCAUUCUUAACGCCUCCGAUUGAUGACAUUGUGGUCGUGCAAAAUUGAGCACGAUUCAUCAAUUUUUUUCUCCAUUGGCGAUUAUGGAGCUACUAUUUAUCGGUUGCAGAUUAUUCCAAUUUCUUGUAUCCAUGUGUCAUUGAACAGAAUAGACAAAGGAUGAUUCCAUAGCAGACUCACUCCAACUAGACUGGGACGCGGCGUUGUUGAUUAAUUUAUUGAUCAAUGAACUGACAUUCCUUUGAUGUAAACCUGUUUUCUUGUACUUAUAAAUUCUCCUUUCUGAACAGCUUA